AUGUCUUCCUCACCUGAAGCCUCAAAGAAAGGCGGAAUCCGCAUCGCCAUUGACCGCGGCGGCACUUUCACUGACUGCGUUGGGUCCCUGAACGGCGAGACUAUCAUUAUUAAGCUUCUCUCUGAAGACCCCUCCAAUUACUCGGAUGCUCCCCUCGAAGGCAUCCGACGCAUCCUCUCCCACUUUCUCAUGAAAGAUAUCCCUCGUGGUCAACCCCUCGAUACGUCAGCCAUCGAGAGCAUACGUAUGGGCACCACUGUGGCUACCAACGCUUUGCUGGAGAGGAAAGGAGAGAAGAUCGCCUUUGUCACCACCAAAGGGUUUGGGGAUAUUUUGUUGAUCGGCAACCAGUCUCGCCCAAAGAUCUUUGACUUGGCAAUCAAGAAGCCGGAUGUGCUUUAUGAGGAGGUGGUCGAGGUGGAGGAGAGAGUGACGUUGGAGGAUUAUGCUGAGGAUCCGAAGCGGGUGCUUACCAAAGUGGAGGCCAAGGCUGGGACGGAAGAGGCAAAGAAGGAAGAGAUUGUCAUGGGACUGAGUGGAGAGGCGGUUAGGAUUCUGCAAAGACCGGAUAGGGAGGUAAUCAAGGGCAAGUUGGGGGAGAUUUACAGAAAAGGGAUCAAGAGUGUGGCUGUUUGCUUGAUGCAUGGGUAUACUUUCCCAGACCAUGAGAGGUUGGUGGGCGAAGUGGCCAAGGAGAUUGGGUUUGAGCACAUCAGCCUGAGCCAUGAGCUGAUGCCGAUGAUCAAGUUGGUCUCAAGAGCAACUUCGGUCUGCGCUGAUGCGUAUCUCACGCCAGCGAUUAAAAAGUACAUUGCUGGGUUUCAGAAUGGAUUUGAAGGCGGUAGCUUGGGCUCGAAGAGCGUCAAGGAAAAUGGCGAAAAGAAGGGUGCGAGGUGUGAGUUCAUGCAAAGCGAUGGUGGGUUGGUGGAUGUCGACAAGUUCACAGGCCUGAAAGCUAUCUUGUCCGGCCCCGCAGGAGGUGUUGUUGGUUACGCCAUAACCUCGUACGACGAGAAGACCAAAGUUCCCGUCAUUGGGUUUGACAUGGGUGGUACCAGCACAGAUGUCUCGAGGUAUGGAGACGGCAGGUAUGACCAUACCUUUGAGACAACGACUGCCGGUGUCACCAUCCAGUCUCCACAGUUAGAUAUCAACACAGUUGCCGCUGGUGGCGGAUCAAGGCUGUUCUUCAAAAAUGGGCUAUUUGUUGUCGGUCCCGAUUCUGCCGGUGCUCACCCUGGUCCUGCUUGCUACCGAAAGGGUGGCCCGGCGGCCGUCACCGAUGCCAACUUGUUCUUGGGCAGAUUAUUGCCCGAGUUCUUCCCCAAGAUCUUUGGGAAGAAUGAGGACGAGGCCCUGGACACGGAGGCGAGUAGAAAGGCGCUUCAGGAAAUCGCAGACCAGAUUCAGAAGGAAACGGGAAAGAAGAUGGACAUCGAUGAGGUUGCCUAUGGAUUCUUGACAGUUGCCAACGAAGCCAUGACCCGACCUAUCAGAAGCAUCACUGAGGCCAAAGGCCACGACACAUCAAAGCACCGUCUGGCUACCUUUGGAGGUGCCGGCGGUCAGCACGCUGUUGCUAUUGCCGAGUCACUGGGUAUCAAGCAGAUUCUGGUUCAUAGAUACUCUUCGGUUCUCUCUGCCUAUGGCAUGGCCCUUGCAGACGUGGUGGAUGAACGUCAAGAGCCAGAUUCGAGUGUGUGGAGUCAGGACAGCGAGGUUGUUGGCCAUCUCAAGCAAAAAGUCGGAAGUCUGAAGGAAAAAUCUCGCGAGGCCUUGAGAGAUCAGGGAUUUGACGACAGCGAGAUGGUCUUUGAGGAGUACCUCAAUAUGAGAUAUCGCGGCACCGAAUCAGCUCUCAUGAUCAUCAAGCCAAGCGAUGACAGCUGGGACUUCGGCAGGGCUUUUGUGGAGCACCACCGCUACGAGUUCGGCUUUACGCUAGAUGAGAGGGAUAUCAUUAUCGACGACGUCCGUGUGCGUGGCAUUGGCAAGAGCUUCCAGUAUGGGGAGAAGACAGUCGAUGAGCAGCUUAAGACAGUCCAGCGCACAGGUGUAUCUCUAGAGAAGAAGCACUCCGAAGCCAAGGUUUAUUUUGAAGGAGGCCGGCUGGAUACCCCCAUCUACAAACUUACUGAUCUUUCCGUUGGCAACGUUAUCAAGGGUCCAGCCAUGUUGGCGGAUGGCACCCAAACCAUUGUCGUCACCCCUAACGCCACUGCUUUGAUUCUCGAGACGCACGUUGUGGUCGACCUUCCCAAGACUGCGAAGGACAAGUCCUCUGAAAGUAUGGAAGAGCGUGAGGUUGACUCCAUCAUGCUCAGCAUUUUUGGGCACCGGUUUAUGGCCAUUGCGGAGCAGAUGGGCAGAGCGCUCCAGAAGACAAGCGUCAGUACCAACGUCAAGGAGCGUCUUGAUUUUUCUUGUGCCAUUUUUGACGCGUCCGGAGGUCUCGUAGCCAAUGCUCCUCAUUUGCCUGUCCACUUGGGGUCCAUGGCGACUUGUGUUCGCACCCAGGCCAAGAUCUGGGAGGGCAAGCUCAAGAAGGGCGAUGUCAUCAUUUCCAACCACCCGUCAUACGGCGGUACUCACUUACCAGAUAUCACUCUUCUGAUGCCAGCAUUCAACGAGGCUGGUGAUAGGAUUCUGUUUUAUGCCGCCUCUCGCGCCCAUCACGCUGACAUCGGAGGUAUCACGGCUGGCAGCAUGCCCCCUCACUCCCGCGAGUUGUACCAAGAAGGUGCCGCCAUCAAGUCUGAGAAGCUUGUUAGCGAAGGAAAGUUCAAUGAAGAACGCUGCAUUGAGCUUCUUUAUCACGAGCCAGCCAAGUACCCAGGAUGCAGCGGUACCCGCACCCUCGCUGACAACAUCAACGACCUCCGCGCCCAGGUUUCGGCGAAUCAGAAGGGCAUCUCCCUCAUCGAGGGCCUCAUCAGCGAGUAUGGUGAGGAUACGGUCCAGUUUUACAUGGUGGCCAUCCAGAAGAACGCCGAACUCCAGGUGCGCAAUUUGCUUAAGACUGUAUCGAAGCGGUUUCAAGGCAAGGAGCUCUCAGCAGUUGACUACAUGGACGACGGGUCUCCCAUCCGCCUCAAGGUGACCAUUGACGACCAAGCGGGCGAAGCCAUCUUUGACUUUGCGGGCACAGGCCCCGAAGUCUACGCCAACAUCAACGCUCCCGAGGCCAUCGCGUACUCGGCCAUCAUCUACUGCCUCCGGUGCAUGAUCUCGGAAGACAUCCCGCUGAACCAAGGUUGCCUACGCCCCAUCACGGUCAAGAUUCCCAAGAAGAGCUUGCUGUCUCCGUCAGACAACGCUGCCGUGGUGGGCGGCAAUGUCUUGACCAGUCAGCGCAUCACAGACGUCAUCUUCAAGGCCUUUGAAGCCUGUGCCGCCAGCCAAGGCUGCUGCAACAACUUGACGUUUGGCUUUGGUGGAAACGUCACGGGCCAGAAAGAGGUCAAAGGGUUCGGGUACUACGAGACGAUUGCGGGCGGGAGCGGCGCCGGGCCGUACUGGGAGGGGACAGAUGGAGUUCACGUGCACAUGACGAAUACCAGAAUCACGGAUUCAGAGGUGUUUGAGAGACGGUACCCGGUUUUGUUGCGGGAAUUCUCCAUCAGGAGAGGAUCAGGUGGUAAGGGACAGCACAGGGGUGGUGAUGGCGUGGUGAGGGAUAUUGAGUUUAGGUUGCCGAUGCAGGUGUCGAUCUUGAGCGAGAGGAGGGUUUACCAGCCGUAUGGCAUGGCCGGGGGUGAGGAUGCGGAGGCGGGGUUGAACUUGUGGGUGAGGAAAGUGCAGAAGGCUAGCUGGGAGACAAGCUUGAAGAGGCUACAGGCUGAGAAGGAAGGGGAGGGGGGUGAUGGUGGUGAUGGCGAAGGGGAGACGGAGGAGAGGUACAUCAACAUGGGGGCCAAGAACACGGCGCCGAUGAAGGCGGGUGACCGCAUCAUCAUCCAAACUCCCGGAGGAGGUGGCUGGGGCAAGGUAGGUGAAGCGAAGGCACUCGAUGCCUCGAAACAUGAUCCGACCCAGGGAUGGAAAAAAGGUUCCCAUGCAGCGCGGGAGGAUGCCGCUCUGCAGGUCUGA